AAGAACUGAGGGACUUGAAUGAAGAGCUGUACUUCUAUACCCCAAGCCACAGAGUCACUGUGAAUGUGAGAAUCGUGACUAGUCGGAGAGAAUGUACAAUGAUUCGGUCCAAAAUGUUAAAUCGGAACUUCAGCGUCUUGAAAUUGCGACUGGGAGUAUUCACCUGAUCCCAAGCAAUCAUCAGGAUGAGAAUUUUAUUGGACUCUCUUCCAAAACCCCCUGGUACACCAACGCUACAUUGAUAGCUGCACUCGAUGAAGUCUUCUCGUAGGCUGUCUCAGGGUCGACGUGUCGCAGGCUUUGGGUCCGUUCAGAAAGCAGAAAACUGCAAGCGCUUUUGAUGAUUCUUGGCUGC